UUCAGUGCUUCAGUGAUACUGCGUGUCAGCGGUGGACAACGGUGCAAAAAUAAGCUCUAGCCAUAAACGGUGACAGCAGUCCAUGCAUCUUUAAAAGUGACAGAGGAGGGAGGUGAAUUUAAGUAGCCAGAAUUCCGCAUCCUUCGUCGGGCUGCGUCGGAGCGUCCCACCGGAGGAACUUAACGUUACGCACAUUGUUGCGGUCCCUGUGUAAAAAGCAGCAGCAGCAGCAGCAGCAUUCCUUUUGGACUUCGAUGUUAAGUCUGACGUUUCCUGAACUUGUCGGGCGCGCAUUUGUUGUGUAAAGGACUCUUCUGCGACGUGAGAAAAAGUUCUAGCUUUCUUCACAUGAAAGCUUAAACUCUCUUGCCUCCGGUUUAAACGGAACUUCAAACACGGAGGUGAAGAAGGAUAUUUGAAAUCUCUGUUACGCAAAGGACGAUUUCUCUGAAACCACAUGUCAUCUUUAACGCGGUGAAGCGAAGACGAGUCAGGUUGGUGGUUUUGAAUGCACGAGUCUCAAGUUUCUGACGCCCUGGCCAGUGAUAUUAACGCGUGAAUUUGACCUGGGAUAAGUUGUCAACAAGAGGCAAACUGGCAGGUGUAUAAGUACAUUUACAUGCAUGGGCAUACUUAUAUCUCGCUGCACUAUAAAUAGAAGCUCGUGCUUAUGUAUUAAACGCUGGGCACUCAUCUUCAGUCGUUUUCAUCACAAUCCCAGCGAAACCCACGCGUGUCGCUUUGGCUGUUAGGGUUGGUGUCGUCGCAUGGACUGACAUGGCCACCGAUCUCGCCAUGAGCGCAGAUUUGCCCAACAGCCCCCUGGCUAUUGAAUAUGUCAACGACUUCGACCUCAUGAAGUUUGAAGUCAAGAAAGAGCCUCCGGAGGCCGAACGCUAUUGCCACCGCCUGCCCCCGGGCUCGCUAUCCUCCACCCCAAUCAGCACACCCUGCUCCUCGGUGCCUUCCUCGCCCAGUUUCUGUGCCCCCAGUCCCGGAUCGCAGCCUGUGCAGAACCUCGGAAAUGGCGUCAGCAACAACAACAACAACAACCACCAAGGCUCCUCGGGCAAACCUCAGCUGGAAGAUCUCUACUGGAUUCCCAACUACCAGCAUCACAUCAGUCCAGAGGCCCUCAACCUGACGCCCGAGGACGCGGUGGAAGCGCUCAUCGGUAACGCGCACCACCACCACCAUCACCACCAGCCCUACGAGGGAUAUCGCGGUCAGCAGUACGUCGGAGAAGACCUCUCAGCGGCCACGAACGGGCACCACCACCCGGUGCACCACCACCAACAUCACCACCACGGCCACCACGCGCGCAUCGAGGACCGCUUCUCGGACGAGCAGCUGGUGAGCAUGACGGUGCGCGAGCUCAACCGGCAACUGAGAGGCUUCAGCAAAGAAGAGGUGAUCCGUCUCAAGCAGAAACGGCGAACCUUGAAGAACCGCGGCUAUGCGCAGUCGUGCCGCUACAAGCGCGUGCAGCAGCGCCACAUGCUCGAGAGCGAAAAGUGCACGCUCCAGAGCCAGGUGGAGCAACUCAAGCAAGACGUGGCGCGUCUGAUCAAAGAGCGGGACCUGUACAAGGAGAAGUACGAGAAGCUCGCGAGCCGAACCUUUAACGGCGGAGGCGGCAACACUCGGGACCCGUCCAACGGCACUCACGGCAAAACCACUUCCACGGAAUUCUUCAUGUGAGAGUGAUUCUUCUUAAAGACUUCUUCCGCACCAACGUAUUCGUUUUUUUAAACCUUAAUUGUUAUGUUUUUCAGUGUGAAUUUUAUUUGCAGUUCUUAUCUUAAAUACUCAGUGUCCACUUUAGAACAUACACUCUUGAAAAUAAAGGUCUGAUGCCAUAUAGGGAACUACAAAAAAAUAUUUUAUUUUUAAGGACUUUAUACAUUUAUGUAGCCUACUGGUGCUUUAAAGAACCCAAAACCAAUUAUGCAAAUCUACAGAAUCCGUAACAUACUGCACUUUUUCUUUUCCAAAGAACUACCCACUUUUACCGCCAAAAUGGUUAGCCUACUGGCAAGCAAGUCAAGUUUUUUGCUGAACUUAAAGUGCUGAAAGGAAAAACUGAAGAACCUUUAUUUUGUAAGAGUGUAGUCUAACAUUACAGCGACAUAUUUAAAGUCUUCACUCAUUAUUUGUGUACAUAUAUUACUGUACCAUAAAAGUCUUAAGGUUAGUGUAAUGUUAGGAUCAUCUUCCACAGAUACUGCACGGACCCUUCUACUUCAUAACACAUCCGCUCGAAAUAUGGGAUCACGCAUAGCCUCCAAAGACACAUCAGUUUUGAAUUCUGUAAAUUCAUGUUGUUGUUGUUUUUUUGUUUUUUUUUUUUGUUUUGUUUUUUUUUGUUAUACGCUAACUGCAAAGUCCGACAUGCUUUAAGACAUACAGCUGCUUUCUUAACCUCUUAUUCUUUUUUUGACGAGUCUUAAUGGCGAUGAGAACAUACUGGAAACGAAACUUCAGUCUGCGAAGGGACUUUGUAUGGAACAAUGCUAAUACUAAAACACUUAUAAGCAGGAAAGGGAGAUAGCAAUACAUCCUUGACUUUUCUCAGUCAUGAACUGAUGUUAAGGGGGCUUAUGAACUUUGAGGGCCCUCAAGCAUUGCCCAAUUCUGCAUUACCCCACCAAUCCUGCAUGCGGGACAUGUAUGGUACUCCAGACGCGCCAGGUCCUUUCUCUCUUUUCCUCAUACAGCACUUGGAUGAAAAGCAUGGCCCUUAACCACUCUCUUCUCUCUCUCUUUUUUUCUUUUCUUCUGCCCGACACAAACCGUGUAUGUGAAGGAACUCAUGCGUUCUUGCGACAUCACAUGAAAUCCGUUCUUACAUUUUCUUUUCUAUUGUUUAAAAGUGCAGAAUAAGAACAAAGGAAAAAAAACACCGAACUGAGCCAGAGUUAUUUAUUCCCAAUUGUACAUAUGUAGAGGUCAAAUGAUGUGUUCAUUUAACUUUCUUUUUAAAAAGGUCAUUUCUGCUUGAUUAUUUAAAACGUCUUAAUACGAUGUUUGUAUGUAGUAGCAUGCAAAUGACAAAGAUAUUCUCAUCCUAUUAAAUAUGUACAAUUUCAAAGGAAGCCUACUGCACUACGAUUUGAAGAAUUGGGAUUUCUAUAACAUUUCUUUUCCUCUGUGUUAAUCGAAUUGCUGUUAUGGUGGACAUUGUCGAUCUAAAUUGCAUACAAAUACGAUGACUUUAAUUGCUGCUAAUAUUCUAUGCACCAAAUUCGAAAGCAAUUAACAGAAGCUCUGAUUAUGUGAAUUUUGUAUUUCAAAAUAAAUGAAGGUAUGUAGAAAACUGGUUAGAUAUGGAUAUCAAAAAUAACUGAGAUCAUCUCUUCAAGAACAUUUAUAUAUAUAUAAUUUGUCUUAAUAACCUAAUAAUUGUCUAAAUAAAGAACGACAUAAAACUGUUAACUUCAAACAUGACAAACGUCGUUCAUAGGGCAAGAAGGGUUGUUUUAACUUUUUAUGACAUAAUAAAACUGUAGCAUACUCUGUAUAAAGCAGUUGCCUAUUGUUUUGCAUACAACAUUGUGAUGAUAAUAGGCUUCCGACCAUACUGAAUUACACCACAAGUAGAUGUCAUGAGAUGAAAUGCGGAUAUAAUUCAACAAUAGAGGGUUUGUGUGCAAACUUUGCUAUAAUUAAUCAUGCGCAUUUGAGCUUGAAAUAUAGCCCAUCUUCUUCAGGCUAAAUGUAGAAGUUGCCAAAGUGGAUUAUCUAAUGCACGUAAAUUGUCUUAAGUCAGUUUUCAAAUUCUUUCCGACCUGUGUAUGCUUAAUUUCCUAACAGAUUUAUCGGCCAGACUCCUAAAAUAAGGUCACCAAGUAUGCUCCUUUACCUGGGUUAGUAUCUGCUUGAUAUCUCACCUGAAAACUACUGUUAACAUUGAUUAAUUUAUUUCGUUUAAAUUAUGAAUUAUGAUACAGUUCGUUAUGAAGCAAUCUCUCUGUCUAUUGGUCUAAUUUGAGACAGAGCGGCUUGAGGUUACAUAAUGUGCUGUCAUGUGUGCUGUCUUAUGUAAAAAAACAAAUAAAUAAAUAAAUGGGGGAAAAAAAGAAAAACAAAACUGUACAUAGCCUAUAAUUUCUAUAUAUUUAUCGAAAUUAUUAAUGUCCUUACGUGUCAGUAAGUCCAAACCAAAAUGUUUCGAAAUUGAAUGUUGUUCAGAAUCUUGUUUUCAUAAUGUUUAAUAAAAACUCCUGUCAAAUG